CUAGCUUAAUUAAUAAUUAUAUAAUUAGAAGUGCUUAUUGUCUAACAAAUUGAUGGUUGAUUAAACAUUUAAUUGAAACCCCAAAACUCACACUAAUUAAAUUAGAACAAAAGAGUCUCUUUCGCCUUCUACUUCGCUCCCAUUAUUAACAAUGAAAGUGCACACAACAAUCCCAUAAUCUCACUAUCUAUCCAUUUAUCUUUCUGGGUUAUCGUUAAUUAGCCAUGUCAGGCUCUUCAGAGAACUCAUGCAGCACCAGCUCUGCAUACGUGACGAGGAGACGAGUGAUAGAGUCGAUAGAAUCACAAGAUGGAGGAUCGUCAGGAACCACGUGCGUGCGAAACCAGGGAACGUUCUUGCAUAAGAAGGCUCAUCAAUACUUGCCGGAACAGUUGCGGCCGGGGAAGAUUCUGGGGCGAUGGAUGUUUGUGAGCUUGAUGGUUCUAGCUUUUCUGACGAUGUUCUCCAAGGUUGCAUUGCUAAAUACAUUGCACUUGCAGAAAUCGGAGAAAGCUCAUUUGAUUAUUCACCCAACAGUAGUUGUGGAUGAUCAUUCAGCUGUGAACAAUGUUGUGAAGGAAAGAAAUUAUGGACAUCGUGAAUCCAAGAAGACACCGUCUUCAUCAUCUUCAUCACCAUCAUCAUCAUCAUCAUCAUCAUCAUCAUCAUCAUCCCUGCAGAUCAUACCGAAUCCAGAAAUAUGGAAGAAGCCCAACAGUGACAGCUUCUGCAAAUGUAUUAACAGAUCUACAAGUGAAAAAAGGAUUGCAAAGGCCACAAAUGGCUAUGUUCUAGUUCGUGCAAAUGGCGGAUUGAAUCAAAUGAAAACAGGGAUAAGUGACAUGGUUGCUAUAGUCAAAAUUAUGAAUGCCACUUUGGUUCUUCCUUCUUUGGAUAACUCUUCCUUCUGGACAGAUUCCAGUGAUUUUAAAGACAUCUUUGAUUGGAAGCACUUCAUUGAAGUUUUGAAAGAUGAUAUUGAAGUUGUGGAGUCUGUUCCAGAACAAUAUGCAUCAGUAGAGCCAUUGCAGAAACCUCCCGUAUCUUGGUCCAAGCCUAGUUAUUACAGGAAGAACAUUGUUUCCUUAUUAAAAGGGCAUAGAGUGAUUAAAUUUACACACUCAGAUUCUCGCCUUGCUAACAAUGGUGUUGCUGCAUCGAUUCAACGACUUCGAUGUCGAGCAAUGUAUGAAGCUUUAAGAUUCACCAAAGAAAUUGAAGAUUUGGGAAGGAAACUAGUUGACAGACUCAAGAACAAUGGUGAGCCAUAUAUAGCUCUUCAUCUAAGAUACGAAAAGGACAUGCUUGCUUUUACAGGCUGCAGUCAUAAUCUUACAAAAGCUGAGGAUAGAGAGUUGAGGAGAAUGAGGAUUAAAGUAAAGCAUUGGAAGGAAAAAAAUAUCAAUGGUACACAAAGGAGACUUGAAGGAUUAUGCCCUAUGACUCCAAGAGAGAUUACUGUGUUUCUUGAGGCAAUGGGGUUUCCUUAUGAUACAAAGAUUUAUAUAGUUGCAGGGAAAAUUUAUGGGCAAAAUGGGAUUAAAGCACUAGAAGCUAAGUAUCCAAAUAUAUACACUCAUUUCACUCUGGCAUCAGAGGAGGAAUUGAAACCUUUCAAAAAUUGUCAGAAUCAACUUGCAGCCCUGGAUUAUAUUGUAGCAGUUGAAAGCAAUGUUUUUAUUUACAGCUAUGAUGGAAAUAUGGCCAAGGCAGUCACAGGUCACAGAAGAUUUGAAGGUUUUCGAAAAACCAUCAUCCCCGACAAAUUAAAUUUUGUAAGACUGAUAGACAGAUUAGACAAUGGUAUGAUAUCUUGGAACAAAUUUUCAUCUGAAGUUAGGAAGUUGCACAGAAAUAGAAUUGGAGCUCCUACUCGUAGAUUGCCUGGAGAAUCCCCAAGACAUGAGGAAAAUUUUUAUGCAAACCCUUUUCCAGGUUGUAUAUGUGACAAGUCAAGACCAAGGAUCUUGCAGACAAUAAACUUGAUAAAAUAGGAUGAAUAGCCAAUCUAACUUUACCGAGGAUUAUAGGAUUGUGCAAUACAAAUGAUCAGAGAAAUUUAGAGGAAUGUUUUGUGCUCUUUAGUUUUGCUUUGGAGGUUAGAUUGUUCAAGAUGUGGUGUGCAUACUGAGUGUCGAGAAGUGUACAUUAUGUACAUUGAUUUUGAAGCUCUAGCCAGCACUCAAUAAAAAUAUAACUCAAGCCUCAACCUAAGAAGGAAAGAAAGCGAGAUUACAACUUUGUUUGCAACACCAAAAAGUAAAUGUACCUUUAAUUCACAGAUUCAAUUUUAACCGUUUGAUAGCUGAUCUUAUUGAA